AUCGGAUCUGUGGGAGCAAACUCCACCCAGUCGAUCGGACCUGCUGGGUGGAGCGGAGGGCAGUGUGCGCCCACAGGGCUCGGGGCGGGUUGGUCGGGACGCCUCCUGACAAGUCCCGCAGGAAACUUCACAGGGGCAAAGUCCAGCCUGUGCGCCACGGAGACGGCGUGGUGGAAGAGUGCACGCGUGUGUGUGUGAGUGAGUGAGUGUAUGUGUGUGUGAGCCGGGAACUCAUGUGGCAUGGUAUUUGAGAGAAAUGCUCCAAAGAUGGCGGUGGUAGUCGCGGGUUCCUCCGGGGUGCCCAAGAGUGGGUUCGUGGAGGUGCUGGUGCGGGAGCUGUGGCACAAAGUUUGGGCCAACUUGAACGAGGAAGCUCUCACGCUGAGCUGCGAGGAGAGCGACGGCGUGAGCGACCAUGUGAACUCCGACGUGGUCACGCACGGAUCCUACCUGGAAAACAACAACAACACCAACUCCAACAACGGCCCCCCCAACGCGCGCACCGCGUCCACGGACCCCCCGCAGCGGGUGCCCGAGGCGAUCGCCAACAGGAAGCGGUGCGUAAAGGUGUGCAAGCAGGAGAUCGGCGGGCUGGGGAUCAGCAUCAAGGGCGGCAAGGAGAACAAAAUGCCCAUCCUCAUCAGUAAGAUCUUCGAGGGGCUGGCGGCGGAUCUGACCCAGGCUCUGUACGUGGGGGACGCCAUCCUGUCCGUGAACGGCAUGAACCUGCGGGACGCGACCCACGACGAGGCGGUGCAGGCGCUGAAACGGGCCGGGAAAGACGUGACUCUGGAAGUCAAGUACAUGCGUGAGGCAACGCCGUAUGUCAAAAAGGGCUCCGCUGUGUCAGACAUCGGCUGGGAAACCCCCCCGCCGGAGUCUCCCCGCAUCGGCAGCCCUCCCAUCACCUCCCCCUCCUCACCCGACCCUUCCAGUCCCACCACCCAGCCCUCCCUGUCUCCCCACGGCGACAGAAGGUGCAUUCCGCUCAAGAUGUGUUGUGUAACCCGAGCAAUGACCACGCCAGACCCUGAGAACAGACAACUGGAGCUGCACUCCCCCGACGCCCGGCACACUGUGGUGCUGCGGUGCCCGGAUCAACCAUCUGCCCUGUCCUGGUUCUCUGCCAUGCACGCUGUCACAUCCACACUGGCACAGCGGGCGCUGGCAGAGGUCAUCCAGAACACAGCCAGGACGGGAAUUGGCAGCAGAGAGAUACGACACCUGGGGUGGUUGGCAGGGAAGACAGAGAGUGAGAAGCAGAGCUGGAGGCCGGUGCUGGUGGUGCUGACGGAGAAAGACCUGCUGCUGUACGACAGUCUGCCACGAAGCAAGGAGGCAUGGCAGGCUCCUGAACACACUUAUCCACUUUUAGCAACACGCCUGGUCCACUCUGGUCCCGACCGGGGGUCCCCUCACUCUGGCACUGAGCUGUUUUUCGCCACUCGGACCGGCACACGACUCGGAAUCGAGACUCACCUGUUCCGGGCUGAGACGACCAAGGAUCUGUCCCUGUGGACCAGACACAUAGUGAACGGAUGUCACGCCUCUGCUGAGAUGAUCAAAGAAGUCACGACGAGUUGUAUGUACCAGAGUCAGGAGUGCAGGCUGGUGAUUCACUACGAACAGGGCUUCUCUGUGCUGGCGGACCCCAAACUGGAGGAUGGGGAAAACGGGGAAGAGGGAGGAGCUCCAACUCCCACCAGGCCCAGGGUGCUGCUCUCCUACCCCUACGAAAAACUCAAGAUGUCCUCGGAUGACGGAGUUCGCAUGCUGGCCCUCGACUUUGGAGGGAAGGAGGGGGAGAUUCAAUUGGAUCUCCACUCGUGUCCAAAACCAAUCGUCUUCAUCCUCCACUCCUUCCUCUCUGCUAAGAUCGCCCGCCUGGGUCUGGUUGCCUGACAGCCUCUCAAAAGGGACAUUUGAACCACCUUCUGAAAACUGAAAUCCACCUUGUUCCUCCACCUGUCUGCAUCCCGCAUGCAGCACACACAGUCGGACUCCUUCAGCCGGGCGGACCCAAGCUGAGUGAAUGUAACUUCUUUCCGGAAAUAAACCUUUCUUGGGUCUCCAACUCUAAAGUUAAGAAACACUGGAGAAACCAAUUCAAAUUGGUUUUGCUUUGAGUGAAAUGGACAGUUUUUCUUUUUGACAAAUCCUCCCUUUAAGGGCUGCAUGGACUGAAGAACCACAGUAGAGAAAUAUAUGAAAUACAGACUGAGGGACACACCGGAAGGAGCAGAUUAGGCAGUAGUGUCACGUCCAGGAUCCGAAGGACAGCAGGGGUUGAGAUGAGUUCACUUUUAAUUCAGUCACAUUGUAAUGGCACACUGCCUUCCAUUUACCAUUUAUAUAAUUUAUUCCCCAUUAGCCCUGAAAGGACAUUCUGAAUUUCACUUGUAAUUUUUCUUCCACAAACACUUUGGCACACUGUGGAAAAACAUUUGUCAUUGGCUUGUCUUUUUUUUUUUGCGUCCCCUGAGAUGUCUUGUUAGCGGCGUCAAUAUUCAUCAUCGAAACGCUCGGCGCCACAGAUUCCCACAAUGUGACAGCAGACUCAAAUUCAAAUAGCCUCAGUAUUCUUUUUAACAGGCCGCAUACGGCGACCAUCUGGUGGAAUUUCAGAGUUCGACUGAUACGACAGUGAUGUCAGCUGUAUUAACGAUUUGGUUUCAGUUAAAUGAAGUAGAAUUCACUUGAAUAUUCUUUCUGUUUUGCCAUUCAUCAGAAUCUCAUAUCUCACUUUAAAAAAGGCUGCGUUCAAUAACAGCCUGCUGUGGCAUUUUUGUCCUAAACACUGAAGAACCAGAUGGCAUUUACUUUAUUUAAUUUUCCGAGAUUUACAAUGAGGUUUAUCAUGAGGAUCAAAUUUGCAUAUGAAUAAUUUACUCUUAAAUUUGCUUUAAACAAAAAUAAUAAGUUUCGCAUUCAGAUCACAUAUGUAAACCUAUUUUGAUCAAUUUCAGACACUAGUCAGAUUUCAUAGAGAAAUAUGAUGCUAUGAAAACGACCUUUACGAUGUGCGAAGUCAUGUAGACGAUAUUCCAGGUUAGCCUCUGUCCGAAAGAAACUCAAAAUAUACCUACAAGCACAUCUAAAGCUCACAGUUGAUCUUGUUUCUUUCCCCCCAAGCAAAUAUCUGCCAUGAAUAACUAGUAAUUCUCAACAUUAACCAUGAAUCAAAUGGUGCCAUAAUCACCUUAUGAAGUAUUAUUUAUCCGUCACUCUCACAGUAGCCAUCAUAGUAGUCUUGCAUCCGGCUCUAGUCGUGCAACAGUGUGGGUCAUCAUUUCUUUUGGAUUUCUUGCAGCAGAGCCGAUCGGUGUGCUGCUCUGUGUCUGAUGAGGCCUGAUGCCAGGUCUUUUACUUGUGCCUUCAGAUGACUGAGAAGAAAACAAACAUUUUAAUUUUGGGGAGGAAUAAAUGAACAUGAAGAGUACGGAGCAAACAGUGUGACUGCUGUGAUGGCUGCAUCGCUCUGGGCUCAACCAGCCAGAUCUUCUUCUGUUCGCUCUCUCCAUUAAAUCCUAGCACACUUCCAUUGACCUUUCACACGCACACUGUGAACAAUGAUCCACACAUUGUAAUCAUACCGCACUGUAGGAGAGACAUAAUCGGUUUUGUUGCUACCCCGAGAUAGUGGAGGCAUUGGAGCACACGGAGAAUCCAGCAGUUACUGACAACCUCAAGUGGAGAGGAGCGCUUUGAGCAGCGGCUGCAGUGAUGUGUAGAAUACUCUGAUGCCUUCGGCAGCUACUGUACUGUCACUCAGAGUGAUAAAUCUUAGUUUUGAAACUCAGAUUGUGCACAUAAAUCAUGUAUUUAACAAAACUGA